AGUAAGGUGAGGAGCUUUACUUUCUUCCUGCCUUCAUGCAACAUCCCUCUUUUCUUUCUUUCGUUCACAAGUCUUCAUGCUUUCAGUCCCUGGACACGCUGAACAAGUACCGCCCUACUACGACCCACUCCCCACUGGCCCAUACUCCAUUGCUUCUUUUCCGCUCUCUUUUCCUCUCUCUUUUCCUCUCUUUCUCUUUUUCUUUCUCUCUCUCUCGCAUUCACCCUUUGUCUCUUACUCGGAACAAUCUUGCACCACCAAGUUAAGGGCAUUUACAUCCGUUAAUUCACGUUCAUACAAUAGUACUAACAUCCAUUUCGCAUCAACAAAUCCUGACGCGACUCCAUCAAGCAUCCACCAUGCAAUCCUACCACAACGACGCAGGACACCAUAAUCAAGUCACGCCAAAGCAGCAACAUCAGCUCCAGCAUAUUGACAGUGAUUCCAAUAUGAAUGACCCAGGUAUUCAGGGGAAACAAGACCACAUUUCCAGGAAGGACAUGACAACCAUUGAUAUGACAAUCUAUCCAGAGGACAGGAACGAUGGUGCCCAGAUACUACCGCACCCUUCAAUGCAACCACCAGCAACAACAAUAACAUCAGCAUCCCUACGCCAGCACCAAAGACAACCACCACCGAAGCAACAGCAUCCUCCGAAUCAUUAUGGAUAUGACCUUCAGCAGCAGCAACAAGUUCAAAAUGAAACCAAACAUCACCACAGCAUCCAUGGUACUAAUACGGGCACGAAUACCAGUCCACCAAAGGCCAGGAUCAGGCCCAUCCCCACCCCACUCUCGGCCGCUCAAUUGCAACAACAAUGUCAUCAACAGCAACAGCAACACCAGCAGCAAAAACAACAGACAUCACGGCAUCAUCCACCACAGCAACCAGUGCAACCGCAACCACAGCAGAGCUCAGAAGAUCAGGAACAAUUCCAGAAGGUAUGCCAGGCGCAUUACCGCACCAUUGCCAACGCCGACAGUGCCGUCUCCUUGACCGAUGAAACAGCAUUUGCAGACUCGCUUAUUACAGACUCGCCCAGUGUAUCGCCCUCCCUCGAACGGUCCAAUACCAUGGCCUCAGCGCUUCAGCACCUUGUGGGCAAUAAUAGUGUCCAUGGUGGCAGUGGUAGCAAUAAAACCCCCACGGUCGGGAUACCAGUGGAAGCUGCGCCGUCGCCAUUCCAGCACCAUCAGUUUCAGAUCACAAAAAGCCGAUCGGGUUCUGUAUCCUCGGGUCACUAUGUGGAGAUAGGAAGGACGAGCAAUGCUUCUCAAGAUGUUCCUGUGCCGUCCUUACCGACACACUUGCGAAAGCAACAGCAGCAACAACUUAGUCAAUCGCCAGCGAGUAGUGUAGUAGUCAGCGUCCAAAACAACGUGGCUUCACCGACAACGUCGAUUGGAGGUGGAAAGGCCGGUUGGGAGCGCGAGGACACCACGCCGACGACACCUACAUCUCAAGGUAACAGGAAGGGACCAGCGUCGGAGACACAAACUCCUCAGACGUCUUCAUCGCUGUUUGACUUCCUGCGCAAUCGCAGGUCUUCGAUCUCGAGGAAUAACCCUCAGCUCCAGCAGGUCGCCAAGGCAGCGUCGUCCGUUAUCGCUGCGGGAGCUAUUUCCGCAGUUGCUACUAUGACGGCCGGUAAUCCGGGAACAGGGAGUAAUAAUCAUGGUGCUAUGAUGAUGGGUACUCCACCAUCGAUCGCCAAGAGUCGUAUGAAUACGCCAAGUCCCCUUGGGCCGCCGAUCCCGCCGCCGAGCCGGAAACAAUCCUUGGACGUCUCUGCAUUUCGAGCGAACCAGCAGAUAAUGGAUCCUUCCAUGCAAAAGGAUGAUCGGCAAACUCCCGCCAUGCCUGUUCUUCCGACGUCUUAUGCGACGAAUGCCAACGAUACCAGCUUAUCCGAGUCGACUUUGGACUCUUCGACUCAGAAUGAACAGGGCCCUCGCGAACGUGUCCAGCAAAUACAGUAUUAUUCAAUCACAAGCGCUGCUCAAUUGACAUUUUCGAAAGUUGCUGCUGCGGUCGUGGGCGCGACGGUGGGGAAGCGUCGUCCCUCUGUGCCGAGUGAGCUGGAAGCUGGGAUAGGGUACGGUACCAACAAGGGUAGGUCGCUAGGUGGGAUGAGACGUCAGUCGAUUAGCAGCUAUAAGAGCAGCUUGGGUGAGCAAUGGUCAUUGUCGGGAAGUGGGGCUACGAGAUUUGGACAGCAGGCAUUAGAUCAGCAACAGUUGAAUAACCAUAUGCAGUUCAUGAAGUCUGAGAAAGGCGUCUCCGAGCUGAAGGUCUAUAUCGAGCGGCUUUAUCGUACGGUGCUGAAUAAGGAUGUGAUACUCGAGCACUCCAAGAAGAAGAUCUCGGCGUUGCAGAAGGAACUUGAGCAGAUGCAGUUGCGCAUGGAUGAAGACAGGAAGACAUUCAUGGAUGAAGCCGACCGUGACAAGGAGCAGAUAGUGACGAUGGAAGAGAACUUUUUGCUCUGGCGUACCAAAGUCCAUAACGAUCAAAUGAUCCAACAGGAAGAGUUUUUACACGAGCGACUCGUCAAGCAAGAUCGGAUCGAUGAAUUAGAGGAGGAUCUCAACGAUUCACAGGAAGAGGUGAUUCGCCUACGGCACCGGCUCCUCGUGCUCGAAUACGAAGACGAUUACAUCGGGCCUUCCUCCUUCAUUGCUGCUCACGAGAACGAGAACGCUUCCGACGACUUUGGUGAGGGUGCCGCAACGAAGGAUAGUGACCACGGCAACUAUAAUCGCAACGAACUCAAUAACCCCUCCACAUCGAUCGCAAUCGGGUAUGGACCCAUGACUGUGGCGACGCAUAAGCGGAGAUCGGGGGAUUUUAUGAUCUUGGAGAAGAAGGCACAGUCAUUUGAAAUGCAGGUUCAGGAGCUGAAGAAGACCCUGGAUACAGAACGAGAAGAGUAUCAGAGGAAUCUGGCAGAUUUCAGGAUGCGAAUGCAUGAGAAGUGUGUGAAACUGGAGCAGGAGGUUCAAGCUGCCAAGAUGGAAUCGACCAUGUAUACAGAAAUGAUGCAUGAGGUCGUGACGGAGAAUGACGACUUGAGGAAGAAGAUCAAGGAGGUGCAACGAAAGAUCCGUCACCAGGGAUCCAUGACUUCUCCUGGGCACGAGCACCGCGGGAGUUCGUCGCGCAAUUAUUAUGGAUACGCUGGUGGAUUUGGAGAUAGUGAAGAUGAAAUGGAGGAGAUCGCAAUCUAGAG